GUGUAGUUAAGACUAGGCUUACGCUUGGCUGGUGCAACCCUGUUCCAGGGUGUAGUCUGCUGGUUGGCUGACCGCGGACACUCCUGUUCAGCACAGCGCUCUCUCCUUGUCUCCAUGACAACUGGCUGUCACAAAGACGUCGCGCUCGCCACGUACCUGAGAUCAGGAAGAAGGAAGCGCUUGGUCCCGCCUACGCCAAACUCUCCAAGGAAUUCAGACAGGAAGUGCCCUGACAGCGAACACGGAGCCGGAGAGAACCUGACUGUCUGUACAAAGGAAGAUAGAAGGCAGGAGGGGAAGAUGAGAAAGUGACAAGCCGGAUCGUUGCCUUUUGACGCCGACGCCGUGACUACACGUCCCAUCAUCCUACAGGCCCUGAUCUGAUUGGAUGGUUUUGUCAGAAUGACAGCUGAAGAUCCUGCUUCUUCUUCGACCAUGAGUAACAACGUUGCCCCCUCCAAAUCCUCUGGUGCCCAUCACUCUCACCAUGGACAGCUCAACAUCCCUGAGGGUGUUGCUGGUGCACCUAAUGAGGCCUCACUGGUGGCCCUGAUGGAGCGUACUGGCUACAGUAUGGUCCAGGAAAAUGGUCAGCGAAAGUACGGUCCCCCUCCCGGUUGGAAUGGUGCAUCUCCUCCUCGAGGCUGUGAGAUCUUUGUCGGAAAGAUUCCGCGGGAUGUUUAUGAAGAUGAGUUGGUCCCAGUGUUUGAGUCCGUAGGACGCAUCUAUGAGAUGCGCCUGAUGAUGGACUUUGAUGGGAAAAAUCGAGGGUACGCUUUUGUAAUGUACACAGAGAAACACGAGGCCAAGAGAGCCGUGCGGGAGCUGAAUAACUAUGAAGUGCGGCCUGGGCGGCUGCUGGGUGUCUGCUCCUCAGUGGACAACUGCCGUCUUUUCAUUGGUGGCAUUCCCAAGACCAAGAAACGUGAGGAGAUCCUGGAAGAGGUCUCCAAGGUGACAGAAGGCGUAUUAGAUGUGAUAGUUUAUGCCAGCGCUGCAGACAAGAUGAAGAACCGUGGCUUUGCCUUCGUAGAGUAUGAGUCACAUCGUGCAGCAGCCAUGGCUCGUAGGAAGCUGAUGCCUGGACGCAUUCAGCUGUGGGGCCACCAGAUUGCAGUGGACUGGGCAGAGCCAGAGAUUGAUGUAGACGAAGACGUGAUGGAAACAGUGAAGAUCUUGUAUGUCAGGAAUCUAAUGAUGGAAACCAGCGAAGAGACGAUCAGACAGAUUUUCAGCCAGUUUAACCCUGGAUGUGUAGAGCGUGUAAAGAAAAUCCGUGACUACGCCUUUGUCCACUUUACCUCCCGGGAUGAUGCUGUGUUGGCUAUGGACAACCUCAAUGGCACAGAGGUAGAAGGGUCCUGCAUCGAGGUGACACUCGCCAAACCUGUCGAUAAAGAGCAGUACUCACGCCAGAAGGCUUCAAAGGGGGGAGCUCCUGCCACUUCAGAGGCUACUCAGCAGAACUACGUUUAUCAGUGUGAUCCCUACACAUUGGCAUACUAUGGUUAUCCUUACAACACCCUCAUUGGACCCAACAGAGAGUACUUCGUCAAAGGAUCCCCAAUGAUACAGAACAAUGCAGGUACUGUGAGAGGUCGUGGUCGUGCUACUGCAGGUAAUCGUACCCCUGGGCCACGGGGGUCGUACCUCGGAGGUUACUCUGCCGGUCGUGGCAUCUACAGCCGCUACCACGAGGGCAAGACCAAGCAGCCUGAAAAGUCCUAUGAGCUGAUGCCCAGUCUGGAGCUCGCUGCUUCCGUCAACCCAGUUGGCAUCAAACAUGGCACAAUGGCAUUACAGACUCUGGGUGGGCAGUACCCAGUGUUCAGCGCCACUCCUGCAGCCAAGCUGAUGGAGGAGGGGAAGGUGCACACAGUGGAGCAUCUUAUCAACCCUCUGGCCAUGCAGCACCCCGAACACUCCCCCGCUGCUGCUGCUGCUACUGCUGCUGCUGCUGCCACCGUCCUACCUGCGGUCUCUACCCCUCCACCCUUCCAGGGCCGUCCAAUCACUCCAGUCUAUGCCAUGGCCCACAACGUACAGCGCAUCCCAGCAGCUGGUGGUCUGUAUGGACCUGGGUAUGUCCCCAUCACAAACUACACUGCCAACACAGCAGCUCUGGCAGCUCUGCAGAAAAACGCAGCCGUGGCGGCUGCAGCAUACGGAGGUUACGCCGGCUACGCGGUGCCCCAGGCCUUCCCCGCCACAGCCUUCCAGCUGCCCAUCCAUGAUGUCUACCAGACAUACUGAUUAAGAGGCUCAGAUCCUGCCUGUGACUGAACUACAUCUCAGCAUUGUCUGUCCCAUCACGUAGAAACAUCUCAAACUUGAGCUCGAAAGGAAUUUGUAGCAAAUAUUAAAAGCACACACAGUGACAAACAGCCUGACGUCUCCUAUCGGCCUCGGUAUGUCCUCAACCCAAGGUGAACAUAGUGUUUCUAAUUAGGCAGCAUCACUGUUUUCUACUGAAUAAUGUAACAAAUGUAACAAACGACAACUCCCAAUAACACCCCUCUGCCUUUUUUGUUUCUCUCCGAAUCCCACCACGGGAACACCGAAGGUACGUUCAAGUAUUUAUGAAGAGAAGAUAUAUAUUUAAGGUGUCUAUUCUUUGUCGCUCUCUCUUUCCAUGUUGCCGUGGUAUUUGUUCUAGAUUUGAAACUAUUUUCAGAGUAACAAUAAAAAAGAGAGACGAGUUAAUCGUAAGGAAGAAAAACUACAACAGGAACUACUGAUAAAUACCGCUGAAGACUGCUGUCUUCAGAUAUACUAAUGCCUUUUUUUCCCCCCAUCAUUAUAUAGUAUUUUAGCCAAUUUUACAUGCUGUAGGUGAUGCUGUCCGUCCAUGCUGGUUGAAUGCUUUGAACACGCCUGUUUGGUACUUUUUGGUUAUUGUAGUUUUUAUUGUGUUUUUGGUUGUUUUACAUGAAGGUUCUAGGUUUUCUAGGUUGCAUUUAUUUACCUAUAAUUAGCUCAUUUUUGCUCUUUUUUUUUGCUUUGCAAGGUUGUUUCUCUAUCUCCUCUUUGAUACAUUGAAACACAUUUGUUGGUUUUCUUUGAAGAAAUGUUGCCUGCUAAAUAUUUGUUAUUUUGACAGAUUCCUGUUGGGAACAAAUAAUUAAGAAAGAAAACUGGAAAGCUUUUUGAAUGAUGUUCAGCUGACAUGGAAAAUGUUCCACAUUUAAAGAAACGGCGGUAAUAGGGGAUUAAGACUGAAUAGAUGUUAGCUGUUUUUUGUUCUUACUCAGUUAUGUAUGUUUUUUUCUGAUGUUUUUAAUUGUGAACAACUACGGACAGAAAUGAGAGACAUUUUUCUAUCUGGACUGGAGCACUCUAUCACUUGAACAGCUCGUACUUUUUGCCAGUGCUGACCAAAAACCUUAACAUCCACUUCAGUCUGAGGACUUUAGAAAGACUCCUGACUACAGUGCCUUACAUCUACACGCUGUUUAUGCAACUGCCUGCUUUUCACUGUGCCUUUUUGUAAGAAAACCAAGCCCGCGUGUUUUGGCACAAAGAAGAAUUUGUAUAUCCCAUGAUGCAGAUUUGUGGUAUUACUGUAUUGAGGUUUCAGCUUUUGUAGCCAGAUGUGCCAAGGUUGCCUCCAUCCUCUUCCGAGGUGCACGUAAAUGUAUUUAUAAAAGGCGAGAAGUUGCCACUUUCAGAUGAAGAGAUAUCAAACGUGUGAACUGGAGCAAAGUUUGUGCUUCUUCUCAUAUAAAGCCUGCAGCUCCUCAAUGCUCAGCGGGCGCUUUGAAAACUCUGCAGUGCAUCUACACAAGUGUACUUGUGGACUGGGAAUAACUGGGAGCAAUACAUCCCACUGGAAUAUGCAAGUAUUGUAACACUCUAAUUCAAACAGCUGCUGAUCAUGAAGUCACACUCCACAAGAGCCAUCCUUUAUGAAAAAUGCCAAACAUUUGAGUGUCCUUUUAUUUGUAAACCAGCUCUUUUUUCUUUUGUAUUAUUAUUAUUCUCCUUCACCGCAUUCGAUGGUAUUUUAUUUGCUAAUAUGAGGGCUCCCUGGCUUUUAAGUUUAGGCCCAAGAGUGUGAGUGAAAAGACUGCUUAACUAGUCCAUAGUUGUGUAAUCUCACUCUGUAUUCUGCAUUUUACUGCUUCUCUCUCUCCUUUGAAACUGGAUUUAAUGUAGAAAACAAACUGCUGUUAACGGCUCUUAUUAUGAUCUUGUACGAUGACAAUAAGUCGGGAUAUAUUUAAUAUAUGCAUUACGUGUGUUGUUUAUGAAGUGAGAAGAAAAGGCAUAAUAUAUUGUAAAACCUAUUUGUUUUCUUUAUUUACACCUUGUUUAGGUAUAAAAGUCAGACUAACAAAAGUAGAUUCUUUUUUUCCCCCAAAGUGUCCAAUAGUUUGUUAAACAUUGGAGGUUAUUGUGCUUUUGUUAGGUGUAACGUUGUGUUUGCUAUUUGGAACUGGACGCGGUGUUUAGAGUGGGAACGCCAAGUUCUCCCCGUUAUCGAUAUCAAAGGUUAAACCUGGCCCGCCGAGGCGUUACGACCCAUUGGCGCCUCCGGCUCAAUGUGUUGCAACUUUUUUUGGCUAAAUAAUUAAAAGAUCUAAUGAUGGGUGGAUGGGGCAAUGAUUUAACCUUCACCAAAAUUUCACGUGGUUUUAACAACAGAAAACUGCAUUCUCCCUUCCACUCACAGCACCUGCUUUACUUUCCAUCACCUGCAUUUCACCCACAAUGCAGCAGCGGCAGCAGGACGAUCUUCCUGUGUCAGUAUGGAGCUGCGCGUGCCUGGUUUAACUUAGAUGUUCGGGUUUAGCAUCUUUAACUCUUCGUAGUGUGUGCCUUUAUUGCCAACAUGUGCCCUUUGUAGACCUAUGCAGACUCUUUUCUAUCAGAAGGCCCCGUUUCCUUGUUCAGCAUUGGUAUAUUUAUAGUGAUAUAGUAGAUAAAUAAAGCAUUUUUGAAAGGAUGCA